AUGUUUUUCCCCUUCUCUUGGAUCCCGGAGAUCCUUCCUAUUGAUUCCAAUCCUAUUGACUGCUUUUUUCAAGGUGUUACAGCUGCAUGUGGAAUAUCCGUGCUGUGCAGCCUUAUGAGAGUGUACUAUUUCACUCAAAUGUGCUGUGAUUCUGAAACAGAGAGCAAGGAGAAGACGCUGUCAUCAAGAAGCCCGCUCACAUCGAAUUGGAGAUUGUUCGUCCACUUCUGGGCCUUGACCGGCCUCCUGUCUUUGAUUGGCCCGCGGGUUUCUUCUCUGAUAGUUCUGGAAUUUUCCCUGCGAGCCAUCUCUGCCUGGGUGUCAGCACGACUGGAUGCUGGCAGCAAAGGCCUAGGACUGAUUCUCAUCCAGAGCCAUUUUUCCCUGGGUUGCAGCAUCACCUGCUCUCUGUACUUUCUGCAUCAGGGAGCGCCGCACAGCUCCCUGAGCCUGUUCCUGGCCGCGGCCUUCAGUUGGGCGCUGGCAGGCUGUUGUAACUCUCUGUGGAGUCACGUGGCCCGACUCUACCCGCUGCACAGUACAGAGCGCUACUGUGGGAGGUGCAUCGCCCUCCUGUCCUCAGGACACACCCUGCUGGCCUUUCUGCAGAGAAUUGUUAUCUUGGUCUUUGCGGUGGCAGUGGUGUCCUCCUUCGUCACAGUUUAUGACCACUUCCUGUCCCAGAAGGAGGCGCUCAAGUUUUGGACUCCCCUCACACUCUGUUACACAAUGCUGGUGGUCUAUAAUCAAGAGGAUCAGCAACGUCAGAUGGGCGCAGAGCCCCUGUUGCACACCGUCGUGCUGCGCCUGGGGGCCCUGCUGGUGCUGAUGCUGACAGUGGGUUAUUGGACUGACGUGCUCCACGUCCUCGUCACUUUCCUUGGAGAAGCCGUCUGUCUCCUGUUCACCAAAGACCUGCUGCAGCUCGUUUUAAAGGAAGAAGAGGACAACAACAUGCCCAAAUAUGGGCAAAGCUCCAGUUACAGAAAAAGGGAACGUACGAGUAACACACGAUCAUAA